UGACCAAUGAAAACAUUGUGAAUGAUCGCCAUAUUGCUCAGUUUUACCACACCCUGGAUAGUGUAUCGGUGAGACGGUGGACUCAAACGGGGUCACACGGAGACCCUAAUUGCAGCCCAUGACCUCCGAAUAAUAUUAAAUGGAAUUGGAAAAUAUCGUAGCAAAUACGGUGUAUAUAAAAGCACGAGAAGGAAAGCGAAAAGGAAAGAGUAAAAAAUGGAAGCAAAUCCUUAAAUUUCCCCACAUAUCUACCUGUAUACAUCUACGGAACACGAUACCUAAUACGUAUGAAUACCUAGUUGAUCAGCAACCAAUAGGCAGAGAAUUGUUCCGAUUAUUUUGUUCCAAGAAGCCAGAACUUGCCCGUGCCAUCAAGUUCCUGGAUCGAGUGGCAAGCUAUGAAGUGGCACCAGAUGAAAAACGGCAGGAAGAAGCAAAAGAAGUUUAUGAGACAUAUCUAGACCCAAAGUCUGAUUCUUACGUGAGUCAGGUCAAUGGAAAUCAAAUUACGGCCAUUCAGGAGAGUAUACACAGUCACAACUGCAGUAAAGAAAUAUUUAACCCUUGUGUAGAAUUAAUCCUAGAACAUUUAAAAAAUGAACCAUUUAAAGAGUUCCUAGACAGCUUGUUUUAUAAAAGAUAUUUACAAUGGAAGUGGUUGGAAAGUCAACCAGUCACAAAAAAUACAUUUCGAAUGUACAGGGUACUAGGGAAGGGAGGGUUUGGGGAGGUGUGUGCGUGCCAAGUGAGGGCCACAGGGAAAAUGUAUGCAUGUAAAAAGCUAGAGAAAAAGCGAAUCAAGAAACGGAAUGGAGAGAGAAUGGCAUUGAAUGAAAAACAGAUUCUACAAAAGGUCAACUCAAGGUUUGUCGUUAGUUUAGCCUAUGCAUUUGAAACCAAAGAGGCCCUGUGUUUAGUACUGACUAUAAUGAAUGGUGGAGAUUUAAAGUUUCAUAUACAUAAUAUGGGUAACCCAGGUUUUGAGGAGGAAAGAGCGAUUUUUUAUGCAGCAGAAAUUACGUGCGGAUUAGAAGAUCUCCAUUUAAAAGGGAUUGUAUAUAGGGAUUUGAAACCAGAGAAUAUAUUAUUGGACGAUCAUGGUCAUGUGCGUAUUUCUGACCUUGGACUUGCUGAAGAAGUACCGGAAGGGGAGACAAUCAAGGGUCGAGUUGGCACUGUUGGCUACAUGGCCCCUGAGGUGGUGAAGAAUGAGCGAUACUCCUUCAGCCCAGACUGGUGGGGUCUUGGGUGUAUAAUUUAUGAAAUGAUUGAAGGAAAGGGACCGUUCCGGGCGCGAAAGGAGAAAGUGAAGCGAGAGGAGGUGGACCGGCGAGUGAAGGAGGAUCAGGAAGAGUACACGGCUAAAUUCUCCGAGGACUGCCAGGACAUCUGUAAAAAGCUUCUAAACAAAGAUCCUAAGUCUAGACUGGGAUGUGGGCCUUAUGGUGCCAAAGACGUCAAGUCACAUGAAUUCUUCAAAACGAUAAACUUUAAAAGGUUGCGGGCAGGAAUAUUAAAUCCUCCAUUUGAACCUGAUAAAAGAGCUGUAUACUGUAAGGAUGUCCUUGAUAUAGAGCAGUUUUCCACAGUCAAAGGAGUCAAUCUAGACGCAACGGACGACUCAUUCUAUACAAAGUUCAGUACGGGCAGUGUAUCAAUACCAUGGCAGAACGAGAUGAUUGAGAUGGAAUGUUUCAAGGAACUAAAUGUGUUCAAUGAAGAUGGGGACCCCCCUCCUGAUUUGAUUGAGGAGCUCCCCCCUCCCCCACCACGGGGUGGACUUUUUAGCAGGCUCUUCAGAAGGCAGAAUCGUGAGGCUCACUGACGCUGGGGAAUUGGUGGUGCUGACGGCUUCCAUUGCUGUGAAUGAGAUCCUCCAAAGAAAUUUUAAAACAAAUGUGUGGACUGAACUUGCUAACUUUUGUGUCAGUGUACAGAAGCAAACCACCAUGUUUUUAUUACACACAAACUCAGGCUGGGACAAAGAAAGAGAGGAAAAAGCUGUAGAAAAAAAAAUUAUACAGUGACCGGAUAAUUUUUCUUUCGUCUCAACUUUCAAAUCAAAAAUUGUCAAUGGACAUCUUGAGGUGUGGGCAAUUUUUGGAGGACUGAAAUUUUGCUCGGACUUGCCAGUAUUGUCUCAUCAAGAAGAAGAAAAUCUUACCUGUAUAUCUUUUGUAAUAGUGUCAUAGGGCGAUUGAUUCGUGGGAGUACAAGUGUGUUUGGAAGAGAAUGAUUCAUAUUGGUUGAAUUUUUCUAUAUAUUAGAAUCACUUUUAAAUAUUUUUAAUUAUUGAUAGAGAUUAUUCUAUGUUCAUGUUGUGCCCUGCCCCCAAGUUAUGUUUAUUGUGUGUGUGAUGAUUAUAUACUUCAAAAAGUGUUACAUUUUAUGUAGGGGGAGACCCCCCCCCCCCCCCCCCCACACACACACAACACACAUUCACCAAACACCACACAAAGCCUUCAAUAUUAAUGCUUCUGCCACAGUAAUCAUAUACAUGUAUUUAAACUUGGUAGAAAUAUAAAUUAUGUUCUGGAUCUUGUAGAGAAAAGUCUUUGGAUAAGUUUGAUUUCUUUCUUGAUAGGAUUCCCAAUGUUUAAGUGUCAUCUUUUUCUACAAAUUAUGUUGAGAUUUAUCAUCAAGUUUAAUUUUUAAAUCAUUGAAUGAAAAGAUUUCUGUAGUAUGGAGACAAUUUGGUGAGGAGUAGAAGAAAAAUGGCAUAGUGAAGAAAAAAGACAAAUCAUCUAUUUCCAUUACAAAGGAUUUAAUUUAAAGUCCUGUUUAUGAAAAAAUUACUUACAUGAAAGUAGUGCUAAGAUAUCUAAAUCUAGAAUGGUAGUUAAAGGUAGACUGAGCUGGCAUGUUUAGAUAGGGACAUCGUUAGGCUAAGUGUGGAUGGAUUUGUAUUCAAUUUUUAGUGCUGCGCCAGUGCAAAGAAAUGUUCUAGAGUUGUAUUUUGGAUAAAUUUGUGCAACAUUACCUGAAUUACAGCAGUGCAUGGAUAACACAAGAUUUAUACUUUUUAACAAUUUUAUAAGCCACUCUUAGGGAGGUUUCAUUUAAAAAAAAGGAAGUGAAUUUACAAGUGUAAAAAUUAAAAAAAAAAAAAAAAAAAAAACUAUUAAAAAAACUGACACCAAAUUUUGGUAAAAUACACCAUGUUCAAAAUUGUCAACACAUUAUUUAAUGAAAAUGUGCACUUUUUUCCUUGGAAAAAUUUUUUGUGCAGUCAGAUUAAAAAAGAACCUUUCACACCUGAUAAUGCUCUAGCUUUAAGUAGUCAUAAUGAAGUAGUUUGUUAUUAAAGAAUCUCAAGUGGGAAUCUCCAAUUUUAAUUAUAGAGAUGAUGUCACUUCCUGUUAGGAAACAUUUGGAAUCAUCUGUAAGGUGAAUCCCCAUGAAGAACAUUUUGGAGGUUUCAAUUCAGAUUCAAUUAAUGAUUUAUUUGUAUUUUUUUUUAUAAUAUUGAGGCUGGAAAAUGUGUGAAAGACUCCUCUUGUCCUUACAAAGAUUGCCUUUGAUUUUCAGUUUAAUGAUGUUUUGGCAUUUUUUAAAUUGAAUAUUUGCAUAAAUUAUGUUUAAAUCGAUGGUAUAAUUUAAAGAUUUUUUUUUGUAUAUACAUUAAACAUUUGUGUCAUAUCAAAUGCAUUUCAAAAUUACAUAGACAAACCAUUGAAAAUACAAAACUUCAUAGAAAUGGACUGCUGGUUUCAGUCUGGUAUUUUUUAAUUGUUGAAAAAUAUUAUUGUAUGGUACAUGUAACCUAAUAUGGUACAAGUUUUCUACUUGAUUCUUUGUACAGAUGACAUUGUAUUUUAAAUUGAAAAAAAUGCACAGUUUUUGAAAGUCUACAAGACUGCACACUGAAACAAACCUUGCAUCCUUUUUUUUUUUUUUUUUUUGAAUAAUUAAGUGUGGGGUGUUUUUUGCUUUUAUAAUGAAAUUGUUCAGUACAGCAGUAAUAUUAAGUGGGUAUACUAUUGAUAUUCCUUUACACACUAAAAAAUCUUUUUUUCUACAUGUUUUUAAACUCUUUCCUGCAAGGCUUCUAUCAUUCCUCACUCUUUCUCUUCCACAUCUUUUUGCUUUCAUGCAAAUAUCUACUGGAAAAAGUUGCUCAAUAAAGUGAUUUCAGUAUUUGUAGGAAAGGAGUUUUCAUGUGACUCAAUCAAGAUGAAUGCCAAAGCAAUAUCUACACAAAAUAAAAUCUUAGUACUUUUGCUUUUUUAUGCACUGCAUUAUGAUGAAGUACUAAGAAAUUUGUGGGGAUAAAAACUUUUCUUUUUUGCAGAAUGUUAUUUAAGCAUAGUAGACAAACACUAAAAUGGACAGAAAAUUUCCAUAAUACAGAAAAGAUUGAACAAUAAGAAGUGAAAUACACCAUGGAGUAAGCUUUCAGAUAUGUCUUAUUAUUUACAAGGCAUGCAUCGGUUGUGCAAUGUAUCAAAUAUUUUUAUUCUGUGUGCUUAUGAAUGCAGAUGGUGUCAAGAUAUUGAGUUUUAUAAAAAUGCUUCCUAAGUAUUUUCACCAAUAUUUGAUAUAUUUCAAUUUUAUUUGUAAUCAUGGAGUAUAUUCUUUUUUGUUUGCUAAGAGAGUACAAACUCAUCGUAGUACAUGUAAAGCAAGUGUCGAGGUAUUACAAUACAGCAUUCAUAAAUAUAUCUCCCACGGAUGUUUUAGACUGAUAAAUUCUUAUGUUUUAAAUUGAAUGGUUAGUAUAUAAAUUUUAAUUUGAAAAAAAGAAGAAGGCAAGAAUGCUAAUACCAGAUUCCUGAUUUCCCUGUACUUCCAUUAGGAAAGUGAUUAUGUCCUGCAGAUCAUUAAAAUUAUUAAGAAAAACAACCUAUGGAAUAGUUUACAGACCAAAAACAAAAAGAAGCUACAAAAUAUUCUAUUAUUUUUAUAAUGUUGAUAUGGUCAUAAUUCAUAAUCCCCCCUUUUUCUUAAACUGACAAAGAACACAAACAAAUGUUGUAAGGUCAAAACAUUUGUUGAUGUCCAGUUUAUAAAUUUUAUCAUUGGAGACAUGAAUUUUCCGAUUACUUUUUGUAUUCAAUUUAAAUGUAUAUUGUAUUCCUUUGAUUUUUUUCAAGGCACUUUAAAAUCUGCAGGACAGAGUCUGUAUUGGUAGCAUGUGUACUCCAAGAGAUAUCUUUAUUCUGCACGGUGUAAGAUACAUAAGCAUUAACACAUGAAACAAAACGCUUGGCAAAGCAAAUAUCUUUGGUGCUUAUUGGUUUCUUGCCUAUUUUUUAAAUGAGUUAUGGCCCUUUCAAGGCUUGAGGUUAUGUCCCUUGAUUUUUUUUUUUUUUUUGGUUUCCUUCAUAAAUGUGAUCAGAUUUUGCAAUCAUUUACUCAUUACUACUAAUUAUACAAUUGUUUGCUCAUUCAUUGACAAAAUACCUGUCAUAUCUGUGAAGUUGUACCUGUAUGCAGAUUAUAUCAUUUCUUUCCAUUUGCCAUUCUAUGCUUGUAUACAGCCUCAACACUUCUUGCCUUCCUUAAUUAUGGCUUGAAUGGUCAGUUUAUUGCAAUUUAUUUCAUGAUAUUUCUUUUAAGACCAGGCACAAUUAUAUAAGAUUAUGUCACAAUUAACAUUCAUAUUUUUUUCUUCCAAAGGGAUGAAUACUAUUUGUCAGUUGUUGUGUGAGGUGUAUCUCAUUUAGUAUAAAAAAACAAACGUUUAAAGAGAUAAUUCCAUAUUUGUUGAGUAUAUAUAUAUAUAUCUCUAGUCAGUCUGUAUAUGUUGAUCCCAUCCUGUAUGUUUUCAUUCAUACGAUGUAAGGUGUAAUUUAUACAAAAUGUCAUCAACAAUCAUUAUUUAACAACAAAGAACAAUAAAUGUUUUACAAAAAGUAAAA